GGGACACCCUCUGUGGUCUGAGCUCAGUAAGGAAAUUAGUUUUUUCUGUCAUCAUGAACACUUCUCUCUCUCCAAGUCCUGCAUCUCCAGAGUUCCAAAGAAAGAGAGAGGACUUCCCUGCUUCGCUUGGAAAACUACGGCAGCUGAUAGAAGACAAAGUUCACAUCCUACAAUCCCCCAUCACUGAGGAGCAACAGGGUUUGGUGUGUGAGGAGAACACAGGUAGAGGACUGUGGAGGUUUGCCGUUUUGAGUGAGCAGCUGACCUUUCACCUCCAGCAACUGCAGAGACAGACAGAGCAGGAGCUCAGCAGCAUACACACACAAAUCUUGCAGAUUAAAGGCCGUCAACAGCUGCUGAACAGUGAGAUUCUUAAUCUUCAGGAGAAGAAGAAACAGACCGAACAAGAGUCGAAGAGAAACUCCAGCCUUCAGAGGUCCACUUUUCAGCUGUGUGCUUGUCGGGAGCUUCAGAGCGCCAUCACUGAGCAUUUGGUCCAAUCAGAGAGGCUGGUGUUCCAGGAGGAGGCACUGAGCGCACUCCAUAACCUGCUGACCCAAGACCUGCAGAGGUAUCAGGAAGAGACGCAGAGACUCACCUGUUUCACGCAGAAAAUACUCAGACAAUCCCACAGCUCAGACAGAGAGGAAACGUUCACCAGCAGAGAGAGAGACCGCAGCAUGCAGGGAAAGACCGAGACAGAACAAGAAAACAACAUGCACGCACCCGAGUCCUCUUCCUCCCAGUCACCACUUAGUCCUCAACAGACCGACAGCAAAGAAGAGGCAGAGCAGACCUCGAGAGCCAGUCACAAGAAACCAUCUCCAGGCCUGUCCGGCAGGUCAAACCUGCACCGAACCGGCAGCAUCAAGGAUCUGAUCAAUAAAUUCUCUGGUCAAGAUCACCCGCAGAGCCCCUACUCCGGAACAAGACAAGUCCGAAAGUCUGCUUCUGCAGAGGCCCUUGUGUCUCCAAAAUCCAAGUCGAGUCAGUCCACACCAAGCAGCUUCGGACAAGACGAAAGUGCAGUUCCCAGCAUCACUGUGACCCCUCCAUUAAGGGAAACCAGUCAGAACGGGACUGAAACAGCACAGAGAGGCACCAAAAUCAGUAAGAUCACUGCAAGAAUCGAUUGUCCAGUAGGAAGCAGCACUGAGAAGCCUAAUUCACAACCAAGGAAGAAAACACAAAUCACACACUCUGGUAGAGAGUCAGUGGCUGACUCUGGCAUGGGAUCGGAGUCUGAAUUUGAUUCAAACAAGCACCUAGACAGCCCGUCAGAGGAGGAGCCCACCACACCCCGAAUUAUGACGACCAGCCAGAACCCGAAAUAUCAGCUGUACCUCAGCAACGAGAUGAAGACCAACGGGGUGAGUGGCAGGGAUGCAGAUGGUCUAGGAGGCACCGGGUCAGUGGGGGAGAAUGGCCCCAAGCUGGCCCGAUGGGAGACCACCCGGCUGGGACUGAACCACUACAGGGGGUCCCUGGAGUCCCUGGCCUCACGGGACUGGGACAAUUCGUCUGACAGGGUGGGUGAGGAGUCUGAAUUUGAUUCAAACAAGCACCUAGACAGCCCGUCAGAGGAGGAGCCCACCACACCCCGAAUUAUGACGACCAGCCAGAACCCGAAAUAUCAGCUGUACCUCAGCAACGAGAUGAAGACCAACGGGGUGAGUGGCAGGGAUGCAGAUGGUCUAGGAGGCACCGGGUCAGUGGGGGAGAAUGGCCCCAAGCUGGCCCGAUGGGAGACCACCCGGCUGGGACUGAACCACUACAGGGGGUCCCUGGAGUCCCUGGCCUCACGGGACUGGGACAAUUCGUCUGACAGGUAUGGUGUGGUUGACAGCCCUCCAAGGGUGUUCAACAGUCCGUACAGCACGGCCACCUCCAUGGAAUACAACCCCAUGUACCGAAUGUCUGAGUUCAAGGUUUGUAAUUUGGAUGGAAAAACUGAAACACUGUCUUAUUUCUGUAUCUUGUUUGUUUUUGUUCCUUUUCCACAUACAUUGACAAAUGUAGGAGACUAA